CAAUUCCCCACACCAUCUCAGCCCCCACCUCCCCUGCCUCUCUCCAGCAAACUCACGCCCCCCACCACCGAAGCUCCCAACCCCACCCGAAGCGGCAGCCAUGGCCCCCAAGGCAGACAAGAAGCCGGCGGCCGAGAGCAAGGUGGAGAAGGCGGCCGAGAAGACCCCCGCGGGCAAGAAGCCCAAGGCCGAGAAGCGGCUGCCGGCGGGCAAGACGGCGUCCAAGGAGGCCGGCGGCGAGGGCAAGACCCGGGGCCGCAAGAAGGGCAGCAAGGCGAAGAAGGGCGUGGAGACGUACAAGAUCUACAUCUUCAAGGUGCUGAAGCAGGUGCACCCCGACAUCGGCAUCUCCUCCAAGGCCAUGUCCAUCAUGAACUCCUUCAUCAACGACAUCUUCGAGAAGCUCGCCGGGGAGUCGGCCAAGCUCGCCCGCUACAACAAGAAGCCCACCAUCACGUCCCGGGAGAUCCAGACCUCCGUCCGCCUCGUCCUCCCCGGGGAGCUCGCCAAGCACGCCGUCUCCGAGGGCACCAAGGCCGUCACCAAGUUCACCUCCUCCUAGACUGACGACGCGCCGCUUGUUGUGACAGAUGUGGCCGUCUGCUGUAUCUGUAGUCGCUGUUGACUCUGCUUAUCUCCAUCUGCAAGUAGUGGUAGCUGUAGUGCGCGUGCUGGGUGAUGAUUGCCAACGCUUUGUUGGCUGGUUGGAUGUAAGAACUGAACGUGUUGCUUUUGCAAACUGAUGAAAUCUAUCUAGAAAAUGUCGCAGUUGUGGUACUA